AUGAAGUUCUGCACAGCUACGGCUUUCGCCGCCUUUUUUGCCACAGCCACUGCCUUCAGUGUCUCCGGACCAAGCAUCCGAAGCAGUGUUGCCCUCAACUCUGCUGUUGCCGAGGCUCCUGCUGAAGCCAGUGAGACCAAGGUCCGUGGACCCACCCGAUUCGACACCUUGAAGUCCAAGUAUAAGGGAUUCCGACCUGAUAUCGCUACUGAUGAUUUGGAGUUCUCGUACGAUGAUUUCGGAAGUGCUGUUGCAAACACAGAAUAUAGCUUCGAGCGCCAUGCUAUCGUCAAGGGAUUUUGCGUUGAAUACUCCAAUGGAGGUGCUCUUGUAGAUAUUGGUGCCAAGGCAUCCGCCUUUUUGCCGGAGACAGAAGCCGCUCUUAUCCAACCACCAGGUUCCGAGCUUUCUGACUUGGUCGAAUUGGAUACCGAACUUGAUUUCCAAAUUAUCUCUGACGAGGACGAAAAUGGACAACUUCUUGUCAGUCGCCGUAGAAUUCAAUACCGUUCUGCAUGGGAAACUGUUCAGGAAUUGCAAAACAACGACGCUAUCUUGGAGGCUGAAGUCAUCGGAGUUAACCGUGGUGGAGCCAUCUGUCUUGUUGAGGGACUUCGUGCCUUCCUUCCAGGAUCCCACCUUGCUGGACAAUUGCCCACUGAUGAUCUUGUUGGCCAAACUUUGAAGCUCAAGUUCCUUGAGGUCAACCAAGAAAAUAACAAGCUUGUUGUUUCCAACAGAAAGGCAGUUGUUGAGACACAAAUGGCUGACCUCAGCCGAGGUGAUGUUGUCAGUGGUCUUGUCAAGGCAUUGAAGCCAUACGGUGCCUUCAUCGAAGUAGGUGGAAUGUCCGGUCUUUUGCACAUCUCUCAAAUCUCUUUCAAGAGAAUCGAAGACCUCGAGAAGGUUCUUCAACCAGGUAUGCAAAUUAAGUGCAUGAUCAUUGACCACGAUAAGGUCAAUGGCCGAAUUGCGUUGAGCACGAAGACACUAGAAAUGGAACCAGGUGAUAUGCUCGAUGAUCCACAAAAUGUCUUUGACAAUGCCGAAGAUACCGCAAAGGAGUACCACCGAAAGAUGGAGGAAGAACGUCAAGCAAGAGAAAAGACUGCCAGAGAUAUUGUCCUUGGAUUGGGUGAUUCUCUAGACGGUUUGAAUGGAGAUGACGAUGAUGGUUCUGACCCACUUGCCGAUGUUUCCGAUAGCCUUGACUCACUUCUAUCUUAA